GCAGAAAAGCCGGUGCUGCGCCCUCCCUGCCCCAGCCCUGCUUCCCGACCAACAGCGGCUGCAUCCGCUCGGCCCCCGUGAAGAAAACUUGGUUGGAUUUAAAAUUCCCCUUGGGACGGAGAGGGGCCCUGCUGAGGUAGGGUGAAGCUGAUCGAGACAGCAGCGAUCGAAGGGAUUCUUCAAGACUUCUGCGUUUGGAAGUUUCCCUGAGUGUUCUUAGAGCUAAAUCUCUCUUAGUGCUCUGUAAUUGAAAUAGUUGUAUCCAAAAGCCAUCUCUUCUGGGGUCAGGAAUGUUGGCUUUGAAAGCUCAGGGAAGAAGCAGUAGGGGAAAAAACGUAACACAGUGUGCCUGAAAAUGACAACAAAACGCAACUUGUUUGUUCGGUUGGUGCCAUGCCGCUGUCUGCGUGGAGAAGAAGAAACAGUCACUGUACUUGAUUAUUCUCACUGCAGCCUAGAGCAAGUGCCGAAAGAGAUAUUUACCUUUGAAAAGACCUUGGAAGAACUCUAUUUAGAUGCAAAUCAGAUUGAGGAGCUUCCAAAGCAACUUUUUAACUGUCAGUCCCUGCACAAGCUGAGUUUGCCAGACAAUGAUCUAACAACAUUGCCAGCAUCCAUUGCAAAUCUCAUAAAUCUCAGGGAACUAGAUGUCAGCAAGAAUGGCAUACAGGAGUUUCCAGAAAACAUAAAAAACUGUAAAGUUUUGGCAAUUGUUGAGGCCAGUGUAAAUCCAAUUUCAAAGCUUCCAGAUGGAUUUUCCCAACUGUUAAACCUAACCCAGCUGUACCUGAAUGAUGCUUUCCUUGAGUUUUUGCCAGCCAAUUUUGGCAGGCUAACUAAACUCCAGAUAUUGGAACUUAGAGAAAACCAGUUAAAAAUGUUGCCAAAAACCAUGAACAGACUGACUCAGCUGGAGAGACUGGACUUAGGAAGUAAUGAAUUCACAGAAGUGCCUGAAGUACUUGAACAAUUGAGUGGAUUAAAGGAAUUUUGGAUGGAUGGUAAUAGAUUAACUCUUAUCCCUGGGUUUAUUGGCAGUUUGAAACAGCUGACCUACUUGGAUGUUUCUAAAAACAACAUUGAAAUGAUUGAAGAAGGUGUUUCAGGCUGUGAAAGCCUACAAGACUUGCUAUUAUCCAGUAAUUCACUUCAGCAACUUCCAGAGUCCAUUGGUUUGUAUUAUCUAAUUUAUGUGCUUCUUUUUUAAAAUGAAGGUAGCUGU